UGAGGAGCACAAACGCCACCUCGGCGACGAAACCUACCCUACACAUUUAGAUGAGGAACGACAGGAAACCAACGAAGAUCAUGAGGAGCUUGAGGAUGAGGAAAACGGCCAGGUGGACGGGACAGAGUUUACGUCCAUUCGAGGAAAAAUGAGUGGGAAGUCUAAAUGUGUACUUACAGAAAAUGGCAUACUGGAGUUGUAUAGCCAAAAUUUACAACAUUCUAUUAAUGUGCAAGUUAUCUUCGUGGCAACUAAUGACAUGAUGUCCUACCUCCGUUUAUCUGACGGAAAACAUGUCUCUCCUGUUGUUUUACUUGUGAAGAAAGAUGGCAAACCUGGUUUCGGUGUUGGCGCUGUUCUUACUAUUCAUGAUGUUGCAAUGCAUAUAGCACCAGGGAAAGCUGAUAAAAAUGAGAAAGACAGUAACUUGGUAGAAGUUGGCUUCAACCAGGUGAUUAUCAAAAAGUAUAAUAUACUGCAAAGUCAAUCAGCUGUUGGUAAAAUCCUUGGGUCUUUGGAUCUGUCUGCAACAUAUAGGGAUGCUAUCCGACAUAUCCAAGAGCCAUUAAGAAAAAAUGAUAGUAAAUUUGAAGCCUAUAUUAAAUUUGAUGCUAGAACAUGCAAGCAACUCAUGGCUGAGGGUGAAAAGGCACGAGAAAAGGGGAACUACUAUUUUAACAAAAAAGAUUUUAAUCAAGCAAUAAUCCAUUAUGAUAUAGCAAAGAAAAAGGACCCUUACGAUCACCGGGUUUGGUCUAACUGCAGUCAGGCUCUCUUUAAGGUGGGGCAGUAUGCCUAUGCUGAGUCGGAUGCCCUCAUUGCCAUCAAGUUGAACCCGUUUCAUAUGAAGGCCUAUUAUCGAGCAGGACAAGCUGCCACAAAACUGUACAGGAAAUCCAUUGCAGAAAUCUACGCACGCUCUGGUAUUUUAGCAUGUGGCAGCAGUCCAGAACUUCUACAAUUAUUAGAAGAAAUACUUAAUCCCUCAAAAAAAGCCAAUAUAGAAAUUGCAGCAGCAUCAUUAACUUCAACCAGCGUCUCCGUUACUGGCAAGUUUGAACAGGAAUCAACCAAACAUAGCUCUAAUACCUCCUACAUGUACAAAGUGACAAAGGGAACGCAAGCUAAUAUCGUGGAGGUCACCAUACAUGACAAAUGUGACUAUCAAAAAGGAACUGGGAAAAAGACUAAACAAGAGAAGGGAUCAAAGGAAAAUCUAGUUCAUAUCGGAGGAUUAGCCCAGCUGGAGGAACGUUUAAUGAAUGAAGUACAUGAAAUGUGGGAUAAAAGUGAAGAGACGGAAAACAAUAAGCAGAAAGGUAAUAACCAUGAGAAGGAGAAAAAGGCAGAAGAAAAGCGAAGAAAUAAAGUAGAAGAGAUAGGAAGACUGGAAGAGAAAGGCUUCACUAAUGAGUACUUCUUGGAGUGUUUACAGAAAGCGAGAAGAGCAUAUGAGGACAGGAACUUCAUGAAGGCAGUGAUUUUAUUUCAACAAUGCCUGGAUGUCUAUAGUCUUGAAAAUGUACAACGAUGUUCUGCAGCUGAGCCCCAUUAUGAGCAAACACUGCAGUUUCUGGUUGCAGCAUCUGCAAUCAAAGGUGAGCCCGACCAGCCUUUGGAGGCCAUAAAAAUUAUGGAGUCACUACUCAAGCAUUCAAGUAUCUUCCGUAAUUCUCCCGCCAUUUAUUACCUCCUCGCCCUCGGAUACAGCAAGAAGUUUAUUUAUGAGAGCCGGAAUAGAACAGACAUAGCAGAUGUUUUCACGAUUAUAUCCUGUAAUCAGAGUUAUCAGUUGGUGCAGCAGUAUUCCAAGAAAUGCGGGGAAGCCAUUAAGGAACAAAAGACGGCUCCAGCUGUUAAGUGGCCUGGCUCGAAUGACCCCAUACCUGUAACUGUGGUGACAUAUAUGAAGGUGCUACAUCUAGCCUUUAUGAAAGAGAUGGAGACCCUUCUGCCCAGACGUCCACUACAGAAGAUCUCGUCAGAGGAAUCGGAUAAUAAAACUAGCUCUUCAAAUAUUAUGGCUGAAGAAGAUUCUGUCAACAUAAAUAACAAGAAUAAAACUAGCAUGGCAUGGUCCACCCCAGUAUCCAAGUGUCGGUUUAAGGAGUGCCUGUCAACGCAAGGUCAUGACAAUGCUACUGAAGAGAUUUAUGUUACAGAUCCUGAAUUCAAAGGUUAUUUAGAAGUCAUAUGUGAAGAGAACUGCAUUAUCAGCUACCAUCCCUGCUGUUGGAAGGCUCAUAAAGAGUGUCAAGAGGACAGAGUCGGCAAAUUGUCAGACAAAGAUUUCUUAGGCACAGACUGCAUAACUCCAGAUUGUACUGGAAAGAUUUCUAGUAUUCACAUCUAUGAUGAGACUGGAAACUUAAAAAUUGAAUUAAGUAACAAGAAAGAUAAAAAGAAUGCUCAAAAUUCUGUUAAGCAAAAGAAAAAGAAGGAUAAGAAGAAGGAGAAAGCUCAAGCUAACAAAAAUGCAGACAAAAAGAAAACUAAACACGAGAGCGUGAGUGAAGACACAGCUAGUACAGAAAAGACACAAGCCAAAACAGAAACCGAAGCUGAAAAGACCAAAUCUGUUAAUAAUAAUGAAACAGACAGUGAUAAAAAAAAGACCCCAGCCUGUGUGCCAAAUCUUCCAAUAGACCCUGAGAGCCUGGAGAGUUCCCAGGUUAUAGUUCUAAAACCCACAACGGAGCGCGAGGAGCCAACAGAAACCAAAAAUUCAAAGAAAAAUAAAAAGAAGAAAAACAAGAAAAAUAAGGCCAUCCAGCCGGAUCUGCUGGGAGAUCCUUUAGAGUGUGAACAAAGCAAUCAGAAUGAAUAUGUUGCUCGGUUGAAACUUCUGAAACAGCAGCGAGAAGCUCUAGAAAGUGAUAAUGUUCCCUUACUCCAAAUCCCCCUUGCAAUACCCACUCGGGAAACGCCCUCGGAGCAGGUUCUAGAAUUGUUGGAUCCAGACAAUCCCUUCUAUCUCCCUGAACAUCUGAGAGACAACCCGAAGGCUCUAGAAUCAGUUUUACAAAGUAAGAUGUCUGCUGGCUCUACAGUGUCAAGUCUUGUAUCAGGCAUUCGUCCAGAGAGCAUCACUGUCCUUUUAGACUUCAUGUAUGAUUGGCUGAAGUCGGAAGGACCCAUGUCCAUCACUGAUGCUCGUAUCAGACAGUAUGUUGAGGAAAACUUCCCCCCUGAAGCCAAUACACAUGUUGUACAGUGUGGAGGGAUCAAGCAGUUUCUCUUGCAGUCUAUUAACUUUGCCAUGAUAGAUGAAGUAAUAUGUGUCAGAGACCACGUUGUAAGAGCUCAGGAAAUGAUCCGGAAAUCAGUAGUGGAACGGAUGAAUACAUCACGGUACCUGAUAAGUGAUGGUCGUAGAGCCAAGAAAUUUACACACCUCUUGGAUGACACAAAGAGCAGCUGUUCUUCGUCGUCCUCUGCAUCCCACGUGGCAGGCUCAGGUGUCUCUUAUGCCUCAACGGGACUCUCAGGGACAACAGCUUCCUCAGUGAAGCUGGUCAAUGGGGAAAUGAACAAUAACAGCAAAGACUCCAGGAAGAAUGUGCCAAGCAGCUUCACAAGUGGCCUUGAUGAAUUUGACACUUCUGAUAUGCCUGCAGUGCGACCAAAACUUAAUCCCACUGCCCCAGAGUUCGAACCUCGAUCAAAUGAUGAAGACGAAGAGGACUUCAACAAUGAUGUAUGCUCAGAUGAUGAAGAAGAAAAUGGCAAGUCUUCUAGCAAGGGCUUAAGGAUUUCCAAACACUCAGAGUGUGAAUCAAAUCAGGAUCCUAGAAUUACAACACAGGAUGGAGAUGAAUUGUUCCAAUCAGAUGAUGAAGAGGAAUAUGCUGACGAUGAGGAUGAAGAACAGUAUACUGAGUCUCUUGAGAACCAACUCAAACAGAAGCAAGAGCAGAUACAGACGCUGAAUGACCGGUUGUACCAGACGAAGACUCAGAUGGGCUUGGAAAUCACAAAGCUCAAACAACAGGUGCAAGAUAUUAAGGAAGAGAAGAGGAUAAUUCAGACAGAAAAGGAAAGCUUAUCAGCCCAACGUGAAAAUGAGGCCAAGAAGCUGCGUUCAGAAUUGUCCCGCUUGCAAGAGGAGAUGAAGGUAACUCAAACCCGCACUCAGUCGCUAGAAAACAAGUGCGAGAGAUCAAAUGACCGUGCCAACGAGUUCGAGGCUAAACUUAUGGAGGAACAGGAAGUGACAGCACAACUGCGGGAGGAGAUUAGGAACCUCCAGGAGACCCUAACCAGUAGUUCACGGCGAGCACACGAAGCAGAAGUAAAGUACCUUUGCACCAAGAAGGACCUAGUGGAGACACAUCUUACAAGGACAAUUAACCGUUUGACUGAGGAAGCAAGUCUGAUGCGUCUCCUGCACCAGACGGCAUCCGAUGAAACAAAGCCAGACCGAGCCACGCUCUCGCGAUCCAUCGUGGCCUGGGAUGACAGUAUUAAGAGCUUGCGAGACCGGAAACGUGUCUUCCUGGAAGAAGCUGUGAGACUCUUAGGAAUGGUUAACCAGGGACGUCCCCUCAAUGCCUUACCUCUUGGGGACCUUGAUGUUCCAGCCAUUCCGGAUAUGAGUGUAGCUCCUCUCCUCAUGGCACAGCAAAAGAUGAGCAGCAAGCCAAUGCCGAAACUACCCAUUGGAGAGCAGGUCAUAAAUCGAUCAGGAAACUCCAGCUCCUCAUCCCCCCAGCCAGUGCCAGUUCCACAUGGUUCAAAAGCCUUACUGCCAACACCCAUUGGACCUCCUCUUCUUCCUACUGCCCUAGAUACCCGUCCUUUGUAUUUGCACAAUGGGGUUAAUCCAUUGGCUUUCACUGGGGGGGCUAUUCCAAAGCGAGCGACUCCAGCACAGCCGUCCACUACCCCAGAAUUGCCUGGCGCUCAGAAGUGGCCAGAUUCUCAUCAGCUGUUUGUAGGCCAGUUACCUUGGGAAUUCAAUGAAGGAGAUGUGAAGAAUCUGUUCAGUCACUGCUAUGGUGAAGUGGUGUCUGCUACUCUCUAUGACAAAGGCCGAACCCCAGAGGGCAAACCCAUACCGAAAUGUGGGCUUGUUACAUUCCGUAAUGUUGAAGACUGCAAAAAAGCCCUGUCGGUAGGGCCAAUCACAGUUGGUAAUCAUACCUUGAACGUCCAGGCAAAGGAGAGCAAAAAACCAACCAAACCACCCAGCCUUGCUGUUGGUAGUCUGGCCAGCACUGUUGGGGAAUCUGCCACAGUUGGCAGUCACUCAGCAUAUGGUUUGAGUGACAUCUCUCUUAAUGCUAAUGCCGAGGCCAGCAAGACAGCUGUUGGCCCUCUGCCUUCCCCAAUACAGCACCCACCUAGUACAACCACAGUAACAAAGCCUAAAUUUCAGAACCUUACAAGUAACAAUUCUGUGGGAGCCAUUGGUACUCCUCCUCCAAAACUGGUGCGGCCACUACCGAGGCAGCCUCCAAAUGCUGUGAAAGGUGCUAUUCCAAAUCCUGCAUCAAAGGAUGACUCCGUCACAAGUACAGCCUCAUAUAAGCGAUUGAUAGAAAUCUGCAAGCAACGAGUAGGAAAGGAAUACUCAUCACCAGAGGUGUGUAGUGCCCUUCGAGAAGUCCGCAUACAGAACAACAAGAGUCUUUCAGGCCUGAAUGUGGAUAUGAUUGUAGAUCGAGUAAAGGCACACCUGAAGUCUCGCCGCCCUGGUUCUGGACAGGCUACACUAGCUCCAUGGGCCUCCCUCACUCAGUGUCCCAAGAGUGGAAAUGGAGGACCAGAGUGGCAGGGCCCUGGAGGGGAUGAAGGGAGUGCUCCUGAAGAACAAUGUUCCAUCUGUCUUGAAGCCCUGAAUGCAUGCCCAACUGUUCCACUCCAGUGCCAGCACGUUUUCCAUGAGAAAUGCAUUAAGGAUUGGUUGAAACGCCAGUCAAAUUGCCCCAAUUGUCGUACUUUUGCUCUAAUGACUGAUGAGUAUCCUUCUCUCACGCACUCGUAAAAGUUGGUAACUCAUUUAUUGUGAUAAUGUGCCUUUCAUUAAUAUGAAAGUUCAUUAUUCAGUGUAGGAUAUAUUCUGACCACAUCUGGAUAGUGGUUAACUUGACUUAAUAACAAGUACUUUGAUAUGUGUAUAGAUUAUAAGUAAAAACUUGCUCUACUCUUUUGUAUUAAAUGAAACUGGCUGAUGAAUUAUUAAAGUGUAAUAAUUCAAUGGCCUGAAAAUUGCACAAUUACAUUGUUGGUGUGCCUUAAUUCCAAAAGAAAAAGAAAAAAAGAAAGAAAAAAAAAAAAAAAAAGGAAAUAUAUUUUUUCUAUGUAUCAAUUUCCAUUGUACUGUGGUGAAACUUUGGGAAGCAUGUAAAAAUGCUGUGCUCCAAUUACAAUAAAUCAUGCUUACUCCCAUAGAAUUUUUAUCAUCUACAGUUAAUUGGAAUAGCAGUUUGUAUGGAAGUAGCUUGUGGGUCAGCCUGACAUGUUAAAAUGGGCUUUGUUUUCUGUUCAUUUGUAUGUUUUUUAUAAUAGGUUUAUAACAGUGGAUGUGUAAUCCAGUGGAUUUUAUUUAUUUAUUUUUUUUUUUUUUUUUUCACUUUUUAAUUAGUUUGAACUGAAUAUUCAGUUUGCAAUCAUUUGUUUGCAGCUUGCACAUUCCUACUGGUGCAGUGCCUUUGCAUUUCCUGGAGCUGAAAUAAACAGAUUUCUGAUUUUUGGUAAUGUAUAUUUCUCUAAUAUCAUUUUCAAAAAUACAGAUGGAAAAUAACAACAUCUGCAUGUGCAUUAUUUUCUACAUUUUAAGAUCACACAUUUCAUUUGGCAACUCCCAGGUAAUAAAAAUACUUUACAUA